GACGCCAGGACGGCGCACAGCACCCGGAGCCCGGGGGGCCUCCCCCUGUUGUUCCCGGGUCCCCGGGGAGCUGCGCGGCUGGUCCCGGCGGUUUCACCUUCCCCCAGGCAGAUCGGGUUCCCGGAUCUGCUUACGCCCCCCUCCGCUGUCGCUGGCCAGGGGCGGGAGGCGCUGGAUGCGGCGGACCCUGCGCGCCAUGGACAGCGCUGCGCCCCGCGAGCCCGGGGCCACUGAGACCCCCGCCCGCGCGCGCCCGCGCCUGGUGUUCCGCACGCAGCUGGCGCACGGCAGCCCCACGGGCAGGAUCGAGGGCUUCACCAACGUCCGCGAGCUCUACGCCAAGAUCGCCGAGGCCUUCGGGAUAGCGCCCACAGAGAUCCUAUUCUGCACCCUCAAUAGUCACAAAGUGGACAUGCAGAAGUUGCUUGGGGGACAGAUCGGGCUGGAAGACUUCAUCUUCGCGCAUGUGCGCGGAGAGACCAAAGAAGUGGAGGUCACCAAAACAGAGGAUGCCCUAGGGCUGACCAUCACCGACAACGGGGCCGGCUACGCCUUCAUCAAGAGAAUCAAGGAAGGCAGCAUCAUCAACAGGAUUGAGGCGGUGUGUGUGGGGGACAGCAUCGAGGCCAUCAAUGACCACUCGAUCGUGGGCUGCCGGCACUACGAGGUGGCCAGGAUGCUUCGGGAGCUGCCCAAGUCUCAGCCCUUCACCCUGCGCCUGGUGCAGCCCCGGAGAGCCUUUGACAUGAUUGGCCAGAGGAGCAGGAGCAAGUGUUCCGUGGAAGGCAAAGUGAGCAGCGGGAGGGAGACGCUGCGGCUGCGGUCUGGGGGCGGCGCCACCGUGGAGGAAGCGCCCAGCGACGUGGAGGCCGAGGCUGCACGCAGGGUGGACGACCUGCUGGAGAGCUACAUGGGCAUCCGGGACCCCGAGCUGGGUAAGCCGCGCGGCAGCCGCAGUGGUGGAGACUGCGCGGAGCUCGGCUGGAACCCAAGCCUUCGCGCGCGGCCUGGACGCUGUUCUGGGCGAGUUCGCCUUCCCGGACGAGUUCGUGGUGGAGGUGUGGGCGGCCAUCGGAGAGGCCCGCGACGCCUGUGGCUAGCAUGUGCGGGACUCCGCAGUCCCGCGCCCAGCCCCCAGCCGCGGCGCUGCUCCAGAACCCAGGACAGCCCACAGACCCGGCCUGGCUCUAGAACCUGGCCCAGUUCUGGAACCCAGGCUCACUCCAAGGCCCACCCUGGCUCUAAAACUGGACCCAGCUCUGCAACCCAGGUCAGGCCCGAGGCUCAACCCAGCUCUAGGACCCAGGUCAGUUCUGAGAUCCAGCUGGAAUCCCACCUGGGUUCUGGAACCCAGUGCAGGCCCGAGGCCCAGUCCAGCUCUAGAACAAAAACUGAGACCCUACCCAGCUCUAGAAUGGAGCCCAGUUCUGUAACCCAGGGCAGCUGUGAGACCCAGCCCAGUUCUGUAACCCAGGCCCACCCUGAGACCCAGCCCAGUUCUGUAACCCAGGCCCACCCUGAGACCCAGCCCAGUUCUGUAACCCAGGGCAGAUGUGAGACCCAGCCAGAAUCCCAGCCAGGGUCUGGAACACAGGUCAUCUCUGAGAUCCAGCCAGGCUGUAGAACCCAGUCUAGUCCUGGGGCACAGCCUGGCUCUGGAGCUCAGGGCGGCCCUGGAGCACAGUCGUGUUCUAGAACUCACCCUGAAUCUCAAGUCCAGUCUGGCCCUAGAACCCAAGCCGGCUCUGAAGGCAGGCCUACUUCUAGAGCCAAGGGCAGUCCUGAAGACUGUACCAGACCACAGACCAAACCCAGACCUAGAACCCAGGGCAGCCCUCAGAUCAAAUUCCAUUCUGAGACCAAGCCUGUGUCGAGAACACAAACAGGCUCUGAGGAUGAGCUGUGUUCUAGAACUCAGACCCACUCAGAUAGGAAACCCAGCUCUAGAGCCCAGCCAGCCCCUGAUGCUGGAGCCCAGAUCCCGGCUGCCCCUCAGCCACACUCCAGAACCCAGACAAAAGUUAAGACCCAGCUGGGCUCAGAGCAGGAUCCCAUUUCUGAAUCCCAGCCAGGUUCUGAGACUCAGCCCAGCUAUGAAACAGUCACCACCCCCAUGACCCAGCCCUCUGGAGACAUUAGGAGCAGCUCUGGAGGACCAGCUAGCUCGGGACUCCAGGCAAGGUCCACCAAGUCACUGGCUGAGAGACCCCAAGCCAGCUCCACUGGCCAGCAAUCUCCCAGACCUCUGCCCCGAGCAGGCAGCCAGAGCCACACUGCCAUGGGGUCCAGACUCAGACCCCAGCCCUGCUCCCUGGCCCUGCCCCCCAGUGCCUCCCAGUGUCCUGCACCCCAGGCUGGCUCCAGGGAUGAAUCUGAUUCUGAGGCCCAGCCAGGGGAUGGAAGGCAGUCUGCUGUGACAGCCAGGUCCCCCUCCCAAAUACCCUCCACCUCAGAAGCCAGGUGCAGCAGCUCCAGGAUGUCGCUGGCUGUCCAGCCCUCCUCAUCCAGAAGGCAUGCGGGUUCCAGGGCACAGUCCGACUCGGGGACCCAGACAGACUUCCACGCCUGGCCCAGCUCCAGAGCCCAUGCAGGUUGGGCCAGCCACAGAGGGUCCCAGCCAUGGCCACUGGCCAAGGAGCCCAGCUCCAGAUUCGGCCCAGGCUCCCGUCAGCAGAACACAGGACUCAGCUCUGGAGCCCACUGGGCCUCCAGAACCCAGUUCGUACCUCAGGUCCCAGCACACGCUGCAGCACAAGCUGGCAUUGCAGAGGCCCUAAGUGCUACAACCCAGCCAGGCCCCGGCCGCAGCAGUUCUGGAAGCCAGCCCAGCUGGGGAGUCUGUCUCCUCAGCUCUAGAGAUGAAGGCUGCCCACAGACCCUGGGCCUCCAGCCUAAAACACAGCCUGUUCCCCUGGCCCGACCUCAGUCUCCAAGUCCACCAACCCCAAGAGCCUCCACCCCUGCUCCAAGCAAGGUUGCUGGGCCUCGGCCUCAAGAUGGAAGCCAGGCCACAGCCUGCCCCAGGCCUCUUCCCCCAGCUGCCCCCCUGGGCCUCACCAUUCCCCAGAAACCAGCCCUUUCUCCCAAGCCCCAGCUGGGAUCCCAGGAGUCCACGGCCCCACCAUGUGUCACGCCCCGCCCUUCCCCUGGUCCUGGUCCUCUCCCGCACCAGGGGUAGCUGGGCUAGGGCUAUCUUCUGGGCUCUGAUGACCUCAUCCAGCAGGAGGACAAGAUGGUGGACUGAGGCCUGGGCUCCAGGAGCCUGGCUGAGAGUAAGAGGAUCUGACCACAGAAGGAAUGGGGGUGGGGGGUGCCCUGGGGGUCUCGGUGGUGAAUAAAGAGCC